UUUACUGGACUUUCGCAAUCUUUUUGUUUCUGUCACAGAAGUAUGAAUCAGACGUUAGUCAAGGAAUUCAUUUUGAUGGGAUUUCCUGUUGGACAUGACAUACAGAUGUUCCUGUUUGGGCUCUUCUCUCUGCUAUAUGCCUUCACUCUGAUGGGGAAUGGAGUAAUCUUUGGACUUAUAUGUCUGGAUUCCCGACUCCGUACUCCCAUGUAUUUCUUCCUCUCACAUUUGGCCAUUGUUGACAUUUCCUAUGCCUGCAACACUGUGCCCCAGAUGCUAGCAAACCUACUAGACCCAAUUAAGCCCAUCUCCUAUGCAGGAUGCAUAACACAGACUUUUCUCUUUUUGACUUUUGCACACACAGAAUGUCUUCUCUUAGUGGUGAUGUCUUAUGAUCGCUAUGUGGCAAUCUGCCACCCCCUCAGGUACUCUGUCAUCAUGAGCUGGAGAGUAUGUAUCACCCUUGCCCUGACUUCUUGGGUCCUUGGAUGCCUUUUGGCUUUGGUUCAUCUAUUUUUAUUAUUGCCGCUGCCAUUCUGUGGUUCUCAAAAAAUCAACCACUUUUUUUGUGAAAUCAUAGCAGUUCUCAGACUUGCCUGUGCUGAUACCCACAUCAAUGAGAUUCUGGUCUUGGCAGGGGCUGCUUCUGUAUUGGUGGGGCCCCUUUCUUCAAUUGUGAUCUCCUAUAUACGAAUCAUCAGUGCAAUCCUGCAUAUGCAGUCAAAAGAGGGGAGACAAAAGGCAUUCUCUACUUGCUCUUCUCAUCUCUGUGUAGUAGGACUUUUCUAUGGCACCGCCAUCAUUAUGUACAUUGGACCCAAGCAUGGAAGCCACAAAGGACAAAAGAAAUAUCUUCUCCUAUUCCAUAGCCUAUUUAAUCCCAUGCUGAACUCCCUUAUAUAUAGUCUGAGGAACAAUGAAGUAAAAGGUGCCUUGAAGAGAGUUUUGGGGAAGACGAGAUCAUCAUGAAAGUCUUGUCAGACUCUAAAAUCCUAACAAAUUGCUCAAAAAAUGUGACUGUUGUCAUUAUAAUAGCAAGUUAUAUUGGAUCUCAUACUACUAAACUGUACAGUAAAAUGAAAUCUGUGUGUUCACACACACACAUAUAUAUACAUAUAUAUUCAUAUACCUAUAUGUGUGUUUGCUUCUCUUAGCCUAUGUAAAUAUUUUAUACCAGCUAGCAAGUUUUCAAAGAAAAAUUUAAAAUAACCCACCCAAAUGAAGAGAUUCCUUUGAAGAGAGUAGCAUUUCCAUCUAUUGGACUGGUAAGGAAGGAAGUCACAUGGAACUCUGUAUAUUUUAGAUGUACCUAGAUACAAAAGGACCAGUGUAAUAAGAAAAUGCUGGCAGCACAGUAUAAUUUUCUAAUGCAGAGUAAAUAUGUAAUUUUUGUAAUUGUCCUUUGACCCUUGACUCAGUCAUCCAAGCAAAGGCCCUGGAGAAUGAGUAUUUCUGGAAAUAUUUAAUCAAAUCUGGAAUAUUGAUACAUUUCUC